UACUGUAGCUACCUUUAUCUAGAGCUCAUCUCAGGAUCUAGUAGAUAUCAGAGGCUAGUGGCCUGUAUCUUAGGAUACUUCCUUCUCCCUCUUAAUCUCCUUUAUUCCAACUCUGUCUUCUCAGGGUUGAGGGGGUUCCCACACUGGCACUCUCACGUUUCAGUGAGAGUUCUUCCUGUUGGCAUCUCCGUGUCACAUUGACACCCGAGAGACCUAGCUACCACAGCUGCAUUGUGCACUUGCUGCACCCAGCUCAUUAGACACCAGCACAUACCGAAGCUAAUAUCGCUGAAAGUUCCUAUCCUAUGGACCUACCAGUACCGUAUGUAUUCAAGGUACGCAACCGUAGGAGCCUAGCCCGGGGCGGGAACUCCUCCGAGAGUUUCUGCACCGCGGUGGCGACGAGCAUAGUUGGUUGGGAUAACAUGCCCCGUCCACACAACGAGUAGUAGCAAAGAAAGCGAGGAUCAUAUGGGCAGCCUAGAGGUGAGCCCAGCCGCCGACGUCCUCGUCUACGAGGUCGUCGACGACGAAAGCGCGCGGACGCGGGCACAGCUCCACUACUUUCUCGUCGACGGCUCGGCGGCGGUCUUCGGCGGCGGCGGGCGGGCACCGACGGCGUUCCGCCUCGGCGCAGGACCCGGCGACCGCGCGCCGCUGUUCGCCGCCGGCGCCGGGCGGAGGCGGCUGCGCCCGGUCGACCUCGCCGUCGGCGCGCGCGCGGUCGCGGCGGGGCGGACGUGGCGGGUCGUCGACGCGGGCACCGCGUCGACGCGCGAAUACUACCGGCGCCUCGGGCGACCGUUGGGCAGGCGUCCGGCCGCGCCGGGCGCGCGCGUCGGCGUCGUGGAGGAUGUGGCGACCUUUUACGGCGACGACGGCGUAGAGCGCAUCCGCGUUCGCUGCUUUCCGCGCGACGCGACGGUCGAGGUCCUGUCCGCGGACGGGAAGCGAGUCCGCGUCGCGCGGCGUGCGACGGAAGACGACCCGCCGUUCGCCGACGUACUCCGGGCGGCGGCGCGCGGGGGCGGCGUCGCGACGUUCGGCGGCCUCACGUGCCGCCUGACGUCGUGGGACGCCGCCGCGGACGCGUGGUGGCGCCGCGUCGGCAGCGGCGGAAGCGGUUGCGGCGCUGCGCCCCCCCCAGCGCCGCUCGACGCGGGCGACGAGAAAACGCUACGGUUCCGGGGGCACUUGGCGGACGCGGCGGGUGCCGGCGCGGCCGUCGCGCUCUGGCGCGACGACGGCACGCUCGAGGUCGUCGACGGCGUCGCGAACGUCGUCGUCGCGCGCGCGCGGUACGAUGUCCUGCGGCCGGCGGCCGACGCGGCGUCGCGUUGGCCGCCGGCG